ACAGUUGUGUCUUUUGUCAGCCGCAGAAAAGAAUGAAUGUUGUAACUUUUAUGUACAUAAUACAUUUCUUGUUCAUUUGCCGGUCUACCGCUCUGUCGGUGGAGGAACGCUUGUUAGAGCUUGAAAAUGUUGUGAAAAUUCAGGGAACCAUCAUUGCGAAGCACGAGAAAGUAAUUGAAGACCAAAACUUUAUCAUUAAAUUUAAUUUAUCAUUAAAACAUAUGAAAAGGAACGUACUGAACUGACAUUGCGCGUGGAAAGGCUUGAAAGUGACAUGGAAAAAUUGGAAGAGACGUCAAUGUCGGAUGAUGCCAUUAUUCACCAGCAGUUACAUAUGAAUAUGCAAAACCGUAGUGACGCUUUGGGUGAAGACGAGAUAGACGGUAAUACUGGUGAGACUAAGAAACCAACCGAUGCCGUUGAAGACAGACAUAUUUCAAUGUCAACCCGGAGUCGCAUGAUGAAACGGCAAAACACUGAUGUCGCAUUCCACGCAUAUACAUCCGGGACGCCAUGUUUUCAGAACCAUGAAGUCUACAUCUUCAACGUAGAAGAGCUAGACUUGGGAAAUGGAUAUAACACACGGGAUGGAAUCUACGUAGUCCCUUUUUCAGGCUACUAUGUUUUCACGUGGACCGUAGGUGCCUAUAAUAAUAACUGGUACCGGACGGAUAUCGUUAUCGACGGAGCAACAUCUACGUGGAUUACUACACAGGAUGAAACUGCCGCUACAGGAAUUGUUGUCAAACACGUCUCUGCUGGCGAUCACGUGUUUAUUCGUAGACACAGCGGUUCGUACUGUGGAGUUCAUGACGAAUUCAAUCUUUCCUCAUUCUCUGGAUGGAAAAUAUUUUGAAAUUGUAACAGCUGAUUUAUGCUCAUAACUUUUAGCAGAAAAGAUUAUUCUCACACUUU